AUGGACUGCUUCCAGGACUUCUGCCUCUUCUGUGACCGCGAAUCACUCGAUGGCCCAUACUGCUCGCAACAAUGCAAACUCGCAGACCUUGAGAAGUCGAGCAAUUCGAUCCCCAGCUCACCAACAUCACCGACUUCUUCAUACAAGCUCGCACCGGCCUACAACUUCCAGCCACAACGGACUCCAGGCCACGAUGCACAUGCACCCACGAGUCAAUCAUCCCGCCCCCGCUCCAACUACUUCAUGUGGACCGAACAAAGCAACAACGACGCACGGCAACUGACUCCGUCGUCCUCAAGGACGUCACUAUCAUCGACAUCGAGCAACGCUACAACGGCCGGUGGCUACUCGGCCAAUGCAAAACAACAACUACACGACUACUUUUCUUCUUUCGACCAAGCCAGGGCAGCGAAACGACGAUCAAGCCUCAGAUGA